AUGGAUGUAUACCGUCAAACCAACACUCUCACCAAAAAGACUCUCAAAAUUAUUCUUACCCGUCACUCCACAAGCACCAUCUACAGCGCCUUGGUUCUUCCCAUCAUCGCAUCUCUCUAUCUCGGUCUCGGUCAGAAAUUCAACAACCCCAAUGAUCAGUUCGGCAUCGGAACUCCUCAAAAUAUCCUCUCUCUUGGAGAGGCGCUCUCAAAGGCCCAAGGAGGUCGCGAUACCGUCGCUUUCGUAAACACGGGACAUGCCGGUGGAGAAAUCGAUCGCGUUAUUGGCUCCCUUUCCAAGACUGUUGGUGACGCAGGCAAGAAUGCGACCAAGAUUUCCAACCAAGACGACCUUGGCUAUGUUUGCAAAAGCACUAUUCGCGGCACCUCUAAUUGUUAUGGUGCUGUCGUAUUCUAUUCUUCCCCUGAUGAGGGCAGCGGAGGAAUUUGGAACUACACGCUUCGAGCAGAUGCCGGGCUGGGACUCUACUUUAGAAAUGACCACGACGAUAACGACCCCGAGGUCUAUACUCUACCCUUGCAGCACGCCGUUGACGCUGCCAUUGCUGGCUCGUCAUUCCCCUCCCAGGUGCAACAGUACCCCUACACCCAGGAGACGGAGGAUGAACGUCAAGCACGGGUCCUUCGCGAGUAUCAGAAGACAUUCAUCAACUACCUGAGUGUCGCAUUUGUGAUUGCUCUCAUUGGGGUAUGCUACCACAUGCCGGGCUUGAUCGCAACGGAGAGAGAGACUGGUAUUUCCCAGCUCAUCGAUGCCAUGAUGCCUGCGACACGGGGCUGGCACCGACAAUUCGUGCGCCUGGUCUCCCACCAGAAUGCCUUCAUCAUCACCUACUUGCCCGGCUGGGUUAUUGCGUCCGUAGUCUGCCGAGUCCUCAUUUGGAAAAACACCAGUUUUGGAAUCAUGAUCAUCUUUUUCGUCCUCAGCGGACUUGCAAUCACGUCCAUGUCCCUCCUCGGCGCGUGUUUCUGGAGAAAGGCCCAGAUGUCUGGCGUAGUCACGGCCGUGGUAUGGAUUGCAUUGGGCAUCGUUGCACAAGCUGUUCCGAAUCCAAGCACAGCUACUGUUGCCAUUCUCGGCUUGUUAUUUACCCCGUGCAAUUUUGUCUACUUCAUUACGUAUGUCGCGCGAUACGAACAAGACGGCCAAGGGGCGAGCCUGACCAAAACGCACAAAGACAGUCCCUGGAGCCUUCCUGGCAUUGUCUUGUGGGUGUUUCUGCUUUUGCAGUUUCUCAUCUACCCCUUCAUUGCUGUAUUCUUGGAGCGCGCACUGCAUGGAGUAACCACCGGCGUUCGCAGCUCAUCGUCGCCAGAGAAGGCUGCCGCUCAGGCCGGCCAUGUCAUUCGUGUCGAGAAUAUGACCAAGAUAUACCGCCCAAGCUUGUUGCGUCGAUUCUUCUCAUUCGUUUCUCCACCACGGCCCGAGGUUGUCGCUGUUGAUAAUCUCACCCUGACGGCCAACAGGGGCCAAAUACUGGCCUUGCUUGGUGCAAACGGGAGCGGUAAAAGUACAACGCUGGAUAUCAUUGCUGGCAUCAGCAACUUCACGAAUGGAAACGUCUCGAUUGAUGCGAGGGGCGGUCUCGGAAUCGCACCACAGAAGAAUGUGCUCUGGGAUGACCUUACUGUCGAAGAGCACAUCACCAUCUUCAACCAGCUCAAGUCGCCGCAACGAUAUGCCACCAAGGAGGAGACAAUGGCAUUAAUCAAAGCUAUUGGCCUGACUCAAAAGACAAAAGCCAUGUCCAAGACUCUCUCAGGCGGUCAGAAGCGCAAACUACAGUUAGGUAUGAUGCUAACCGGAGGUAGUUCUGUGUGCUGCGUGGAUGAGGUCUCGUCUGGUAUUGAUCCGCUUUCAAGAAGGAAGAUUUGGGAUAUUCUGCUGUCAGAAAGAGGAACCCGGACUAUCGUAAUGACGACGCAUUUCUUGGAUGAGGCCGACUUACUCGCGGAUAAUAUCGCUAUCCUUUCCAAGGGCAAACUUCGAGCUGAAGGAUCAUCUGCCCAGCUAAAAGACCGCUUCGGUGCUGGUUAUCGGGUACAUGUUCUCAACGCCAAGUACAUGAAACACGCUCCCGAGGUGCCUGAAGUCCAGCGAAACGAACUUUCAAACACCAUCACCUACAUUGCACCUUCAUCAAAUCUCGCCGCAAAAGUCAUUCGCACCUUGGAGCAUGCUCAUAUCCCCUAUCAGUUUUCCGGGCCGACUAUUGAAGACGUAUUCUUGAACCUUGCUGACGAAGUACGAGAUGACGAGGGUAGAAACCAAAAAAACAAUCAAGCUCGACAAUUGGCAACAAAGGAGAGGCUCUCGGACUCGGAAGACGCCGCCAAACAAGGAGCUGCCAUCGACCAGGAGCUCCUAUCCGGCCGACCGGUGAACUGGGCAAGCCAGAUGUUGGUUUUCCUUCGCAAACGAAUCACUAUCCUCAAGACAAACUGGAUUCCUUACGCCAUCGCAUUCAUCAUCCCCAUCAUUGCCGCUGCCAUCACGCAGAUGCUGGUCAACAAUAAGUCCGCUGUCGGGUGCAGCCCCAGGGAAUCCAGCACAAGAGCAGACUUUGGUGAUUUUACCAAAUUUUACAAUUCUGCUCAUUUAGUCGGGGGACCAGCUUCUAAAUUCAACGAAAGCGUUGCGAGGGAUCUCACUAAAACGAUUGUUCCAGGCUCUGCCGACGUUGGCGAUUUCUCUCUCAAAUUAGUCGCUUCUCGGUCUGAAAUGCAAUCUUAUAUCGAGACUAACCGCAGGACCGUAUCCCCUGGUGGAUGGUGGCUAGGAGAUUCCGGAUCAGUGCCUGCAGUUGCCUGGAGAUCGGAUAAUUUUUCCAUGUAUACUUCUGUCCUGACACAGAAUCUGAUGAACAAUAUGCUAGCAAACGUGACCAUUGCGACGAGGUAUACGCACUUUGACUCUCCGAUUGCCCCGUCUACUCUGGACGCUUUACAGCUGGUUAUUUACUUCUGCAUUGCUUGCUCCAUCUUUCCAGGCUUAUUUGGUCUCUAUCCCAAUUUUGAAAAACGCCAACAGAUCCGCGGGCUGCAAUAUUCGAGCGGAGCGAGGACAAUCCCCGUUUGGGCGGCACACUUGCUCUUUGACACUUGCAUCAUUCUGGUUUCCAUGGCUCUCGUUGCAAUCAUCUUUGCCACGACGUCUGAUAUUUGGUACUAUCCUGGGUAUCUGUUCCCCGUCUUCAUGCUCUACGGCAUGGUGACAAUUCUCUGGUCAUACUUGUUUUCAUUGGUCUGCAAAAGCGCACUGGCAACAUAUGCAGCAACGGCGGUUCUUCAAGGUCUGGGGUUUGCCGUGUACGUGAUUUCCUUCCUCUUCAUUCUUACAUACUCUGAGGCUGCGUCUCUGGACAAGAAUAUUCUCAUCUCGCACUGGGUCAUUGCUGUCAUUUUCCCUACCGGCUCUCUCAUUCGGGCAUUCUUCGUCGGCCUCAAUACAUUCUCAACUACAUGUGACGGAGACAAGCUGCAAAGCUACCCAGGAGCCAUGACUGCCUACGGUGGGCCGGUAUUGUACCUUGCUGUACAGGCAAUACUUGUUUUUGGUGUCGUCAUUUGGCUCGAGACCGGUUCUGGCAAAUACGCUACCGGCAAAGCAAAGCCAACUGCCGAGGUUGAUGACGCCGAAAUUGCAGACGAGCUGGUUCGUGUGGAUAAUGCAGGGCAAGGGCAGCGUGCGAACGGUCUCCAAGUUGUCCAUCUCACAAAGGCAUUCAAGAAGAAGACUGUCGUGGACAAUGUCACUUUUGGCGUUGACCGCAGCCAAGUCUUCGCUCUGCUUGGCCCCAACGGCGCCGGAAAGUCUACCACAAUCUCCUUGAUUCGCGGCGACCUGCACCCCAGCCGUAACGGCGGUGAUGUAUUUGUCCAAGGCGCUUCCGUCACCAAGCACAGAGCACUGGCACGUCAGAACCUCGGCGUCUGCCCGCAAUUCGAUGCUAUUGAUUCCAUGACGGUGGAAGAACACCUACAGCACUUUGCUCGCAUCCGGGGGAUCCUCGACGUCAAGAAACAGGUCGACGCUGUUGUUCGCGCCGUUGGGCUCGGCGACUACACCAAGGUCAUGGCUCACACCUUGUCUGGCGGCAACAAGCGAAAACUCUCUCUUGGCAUUGCUCUGACGGGCAACCCGUCCGUCAUCCUCCUCGAUGAGCCGUCGUCGGGGCUGGACGCCGCGGCCAAGAGAGUCAUGUGGCGGACUUUGGAAACAAUUACACCCGGCCGUUCUAUCCUGCUCACCACGCAUAGCAUGGAAGAAGCCGAUGCCCUUGCGAACCGCGCCGGCAUCAUGGCGAAGCGCAUGCUCGCUCUUGGAAAUACGGACGCCCUGCGGCACCGGUUUGGCGACACUCUCCACGUGCAUCUUGUGUGCAAGACGGCGCCGCAUUCUACGUUGGAAGAAAUGGAACGUAUCCGGGCUUGGACUGCUCAGACAUUCCCUGAUGCCAAAAUCGAGCACGAGACAUUCCACGGCCAGAUGCGCUACUCUAUUCCUGCUUCGUCUCUAACACCACAUGGAAAGUCUGAUGGUCAAAACGACGCUUCGGCAUCUGGCAGUGCAAUUGGACAGAUGCUAGUCAUGCUGGAGGAGCAUAAAGAUGCGCUGGGCAUUGCUCAUUAUAGCGUUACCCCCACGACUCUGAAUGAGGUCUUCCUGACUAUUGUGGGCCAACACGAUGUCUUGGAGGAAGGAUAUAAGGAGGAGGAGAAGCCGUGGUACAAGAAGCAUAUCUGGGAGUGGUUCUAG